UAUUUUAACGAUUCCAUAUUUUGUACCGGAGCCAAAAUUUUAUUUGUUGUUUAUUUGGAGCUUUUUUUAUUCUAAAAUGAAGAGACAUUUUGAGAAGAAACAAAUUUCAAUUGUUGAGAAACUUUACAAACAACACCACAAACAAUCUUAUGCAUCAGCUGGCGGUUUUAAUAGCGAUGAUGACGAAUUAGAAGAAAGGAGAGAACAAAUUUCUGAAGCAUUACAAAAAAAUCAAAAUAAACUUUACGAACAUUUGAGUCCACCUGAGCUUUGCUUAGAUUGUGAGGGCCCUUUGUUUUCCGAUGCCUAUCUUUGGAAAUAUUUUAGUCAACCAAUUUGUAAUAAAUGCAGAGAAUUGGAGAAACACAAAUUAAUUACUAGAACAGAAGCAAAGACUAAAUUUUUGUUGACAGAUGCCGAUUUGGACUGUCGGAAACCGCCACUUCGUUAUAUUUCUCGAAAAAAUCCACACAAUCCACGCUAUGGAGAUAUGAAAUUAUAUUUACGUUCACAACUAGAAGCAAGAGCACUUGAAGUUUAUGGUUCUUUUACUUCUUUAGAACAAGCAAAACAAAAACGAGAACUCAACAGAGAAAAAGCAAAUGAACGGCGAUUUGAAAAGAAAAUUCAUUCAAUGCGCAAAGAGGUGGGGGAAAAUAAUUUUUUGAAAAAAAAUUAAAAUCAGAAAAAUUCUGUUCAUUUUAUUA